AUAUGUGCGCAGGGAGCCCGCGUCCUUUCCCUGGUGUGAUUCCGUCCUGCGCGGCUGUUCUCCGGAACAGUGGUGGUUUAUCUCCGUCCGUCUUCUCUCCCACCUAAGUGCGUGCCACCAACUCAUGGAAGAUUCGAUGGACAUGGACAUGAGCCCCCUGAGGCCUCAGAACUACCUUUUCGGUUGUGAACUAAAAGCCGACAAAGAUUAUCACUUUAAGGUGGAUAAUGAUGAAAAUGAGCACCAAUUAUCUUUAAGAACGGUCAGUUUAGGGGCUGGUGCAAAGGAUGAAUUGCACAUUGUUGAAGCAGAGGCAAUGAAUUACGAAGGCAGUCCAAUUAAAGUAACACUGGCGACUUUGAAAAUGUCUGUACAGCCAACAGUUUCUCUUGGGGGCUUUGAAAUAACACCACCUGUGGUCUUACGGUUGAAGUGUGGUUCAGGGCCUGUGCAUAUUAGUGGACAGCACUUAGUAGCUGUGGAGGAAGAUGCAGAGUCAGAAGAUGAAGAAGAGGAGGAUGUGAAACUCCUAAGUAUAUCUGGAAAGCGUUCUGCCCCUGGAAGUGGUAGCAAGGUUCCACAAGAAAAAGUAAAACUUGCUGCUGAUGAAGAUGAAGAUGAUGAUGACGAUGACGAUGAUGAUGACGAUGAUGAUGAUGAUGAUUUUGAUGAUGAGGAAGCUGAAGAAAAAGCUCCAGUAAAGAAAUCUAUACGAGAUACUCCAGCCAAAAACGCACAAAAAUCAAACCAGAAUGGAAAAGACUCAAAACCAUCAACACCAAGAUCAAAAGGUCAAGAAUCCUUCAAAAAACAGGAAAAAACUCCUAAAACACCAAAAGGACCUAGUUCUGUAGAAGACAUUAAAGCAAAAAUGCAAGCAAGUAUAGAAAAAGGUGGUUCUCUUCCCAAAGUGGAAGCCAAGUUCAUCAAUUAUGUGAAGAAUUGUUUCCGGAUGACUGACCAAGAGGCUAUUCAAGAUCUCUGGCAGUGGAGGAAGUCUCUUUAAGAAAAUAGUUUAAACAGUUUGUUAAAUUUUUCCGUCUUAUUUCAUUUCUGUAACAGUUGAUAUCUGGCUGUCCUUUUUAUAACGCAGAGUGAGAACUUUCCCUACCGUGUCUGAUAAAUGUUGUCCAGGUUUCAUUGCCAAGAAUGUGUUGUCCAAAAUGCCUGUUUAGUUUUUAAAAGAUGGAACUCCACCCUUUGCUUGGUUUUAAGUAUGUAUGGAAUGUUAUGAUAGGACAUAGUAGUAGUGGUGGUCAGACAAAUGGAAAUGGUGGGGAGACAAAAAUAUACAUGUGAAAUAAACUCAGUAUUUUAAUAAAGUAGCACUGUUUCUCUUAUUAUUUACUCUCAAUACUUUGUCAAAGAAAUACAUGUACAUAGUUAAAAGUCUAAAUAGUAUCCUCAAAUCUCUAAAAUAGUAAAUAGUUCUGCUUCUCAAGAGUUAACCAACCUAUUUUUCAGAGGAUUUAGUGCUUUUACCUUCCCACCUCUUGGUAACAGUUAAUUAUUACCAGAUGUUCAUCAGACCUUCCUAUCAACCUGUCCUGGCCUUUUCAUUCCCAAAGAAAAUCUGGUGUUUUAAACAGCCUGCAGUAGCCUUUCUCAACUAGGGUUCUUCAUCUGAACCAGAACAGAAAAUGAUUUCUAUUUUCUCAGUUUACCCAAAAUAGUACUUAACAUUUGAGAUCUGUGGGGGAAGUUAAUUGCAUGCAAUGGUUAUUCGAUGAAUCAUUGGGACCCCCAUUAUCUGUUUUACCAAGAUUCGGUUGCAUGAUGGUCAGGGGUGGAUUUCUGUUCCUCUUGUUUUGCUGUAGUGUAUCCUCCAAUAGUUUCCUAAUACAUGGGGGGUCUUUUCUGAGUUUUUGCAUAUCUGAAAAGAACUUGACUUUUUGACAUCAAACUGUAUACUGCCUUGUUGGCUGAAUGUUUUCCUCAGAAUUUUAAAUGUGAGUCUUGGCCUAGUCCAUUCCAUGUUUGUGUAUGCUUUUGUAUAUGACCAGUUUUUCUGAGAGCUAAGUAAGAUUGUUUUACUGCUGGUGGUCUGGGGUUUCAUAAUGUCUUAUAGUCUUGUUCUGGGCCCUUGGUGGACUGUGGAUCUAUUCUCCAGAGACUCUUCUUGGUCUGGGACAUUGUCUUGGGAAAUUUUAGCCUCCUACUUAACUUAACAUCCAUUCUUAGGCCGUCUGUUUGAUUCUCUUGGAUGUUUUUCCUUGUUCCUUUUUGUUUAAACUUAGGAAAGGGACUUCACAAGUUUGUGCUGGUUUUAUUUUUUUAACUUCCAAAUGCUCUGGUUCGGUUCCCUGGGGGAUGUGGUAUCUAAAGUCUUAAACUUCUCAUACCAUGCAUUGUUUACUUGUUACCCUGCCCCCAGCCUGUCUAUAUAUUGAUUAGGGGGGUGGUAUUUGUUGACCAGGCCCUAGUUCCAAGUAUUUUAAUGGAGGUCUGCAGAUACUAGCCUUUUCAUCUCUGAGAUGGUUUUCCAAAGUAAACUUAUUUUGGAGGGUGGGGGAAAAUGUUGGGACAGUAUUGUCUCGUCUAGCCUGUUUUCAGGUGCCUCUUCUAGUCAUUUACUUCAGGUUGUGGUUUUCUUCAUUGAUAAUUGAGUUUCUUCUCUUCAGCCCAUCUCUGCCCUUGUAGCUUCUUUCUUUUUAUAUAUUUAAUGGAGGCUCAGAUUUGUUCUGUUUCACUGCAGAGUGCAUCCAUUUUAGAGGAUGUUUAUGUACUGCAGAUUUAAAAGAUGAUUACUUUAAAUUGAUAGGACAAUCCCAAAUGACUUAACCAUCCUACACAUUAAUUUGAAAAGUUUCUGGUGUUCAGCUACAGAAAACGACGUUAAAGUUGAGCCAUCUUCCCUAGAUAGUGUUUUACAUUAUAGUAUGUGAUGUAGGAGUGUGGUAAUUAUUAGUAUCAGUUGCUUAAUGUGUUCAAAACUAGAAAUACACUGUAUGCUGUAUAAUAUCUUAAAAUGUAAGUCUGAAAUUUUUAGUAUUUGAGUUGCUGCAAGUUAAACCUUUGGUUUAGCUGAUGAUACUUUUAUGUAGCAGGAAACCCAAAAGGACUUGUCACCAUUCUGAGGGAAAGCAAUUGGCCUUACUAGUCCUGUUCUUAGCUCAUUAAAAAGAGUGAAUAAGGUCCAGGUAGGGCUUGUGUGUUUUUUUGUUUUUGUUUUGUUUUUUGUUUUUUGAAGGGUAAGAAUUAAAGAUUUCCCUAUGCCUCAGAAGUCACUAGUAGUGCUAGUUACUAGACAUCACAUCAGCCAACUAAAUACAGUAAUCUGAAAAGUGAACUACUGCUCCUGGACUUCUGACAUAGGAAAUCCCUGCUUCAAAGACAGUGACUUCCCUUUGUAUGGUACAAACUGCUUAGUGAGAUUGGCUAUAGUUGGAUCAAUAUUGGCUUAAUCGCUAAAAACAAAUAUACUUGGGUAACCUACUAUGGGAAACAUUGGAAUUUUUUAGUCAAAGCAUUUUCCAAGUUUUCUAAGACCAAUAAAAAAGAUUGCUUUUUCAUUGUUCCUGCUAUUAAUCUUGAUUUAUAGUGGAGGAAGCUGUAAGAAAAGCUGGUUUAUUCUAUUUCUGGAGUUUUUAGUACAUUUACCAGGAAUAAUACUUGGUUAAGGUGCGUCUGGGGCUUAGUUGCUGGCUGAUGGAGUAACUUCCCUUAAGCUAGUCUGCUGAAUAUGAGUUUUCUUAAUGGCUUAGUCCCUCAACAAUACCAUUUGUUACUCUGUAGUCAUUUUCUUUAAAAUCCCCACUUUAUUGCCUUUAGUUUGUACCUAACUUUGAAUAGUACCUGUAAUGCUUUAUUUUCAUUUACCGAUUUUCUGAAUGAUGGUUUGAUGUCUUAGCAACCCCUGAAAGUAACUAGUUUUAAGUAUCCUGAACUCAGAUUUUUAUAGACUUGGAUUUCAAUCCACUGUGUUGUCAAUCUUCUUUUUGGCCAGUGGAAUCCCCUUCAAGCUUGCUCCUACCACCACUGACUCCAGUAAGUAGUCUUUGACUUAAACUUCUUGCUUUCUACUGUGACAGAAUGUUCCAGGCUUAUCUUCAUUUCGUUCUCAGUUCUAGAAUUGUCUGUUUCCCUUAGGCGCUUUGGUUCCUUUUUUAAGAAGAAUGGCGUUUAGAGACCAUAGCCUGGGUGGGGAGAAAUGGCCAGUAGUGAACUCAGUAUUGUGUAGCUGACUUAGAUGCAGAUGAUCAGAUCAGACCCUUUGGAAAAGCAAGGGGAAAACUAAGCACUAGGAGGGCAGGGAAGCACUUGUCAGCUGUCUGGAGGAAGCUUCUCUUCAUUCGAUAUCUUAAUCACAUAUGGCUAGGUUAUGAGUGAGGAAACCAGAGGACAAAAUCAGUUAAUGAAAAAAGGCCAUUUGGGGAGAGCAGAUCAGGCUGUCUAAAUUAGUGGGUCCUACAGAUGAUAGAAUGAGGUUUAUAGUGGUGUAUAAAGCUUGCAGAGCUACUAGCUUGGUGAUGAGCGGAGAUUAUGUUUACAUGGUCUAGGGGGUGGUUUUGUUUGAAAUUAUCCAAGAAAAAAGAUUGAGGGUCACAAAAAGUACUGACCCUAUUAAAGGUUAGUGAUCUGGCCUGUGUAGGUACAGGAUUAAGUUGUUUCAGAAAGUCUUAAGGCUACCUUCCAGCCAUAUCUUACCAGUUGCUCCUCUUCUCAUGAACUUGGCAGUAGACAUCCUAUUUUAAUGCUGUGAAAGUUCCAAGAGCUGGUUUUGAGGAAAUUUUAGAGCCACAUUUGUGCUAAGGGUCUUAUUAAACUACUUGAUCCUACUGAAGGCUUCAGGCUGUUUUUGUCCUAUGUUCUCAGGCUGGAAGUUCAUCCUUCUGUCUCCAAAAUAUUUGUAUCCUACAGGCUCCCUGAAUUUUGUGAUACUUAAGAUUAGAAAGAGGUGGAAAACAAGUGUUAGAUUGUGGUGCUGUUAGUUACUUUCACUUAAAAUGAGAUGGGAAGAAUAAACAUUUAAAUUCAUACUGUGUCCCAAAGUUAAGGAUUAAUCAGCAAGCAAAACGGUUAAUUGCGCCCCAGGACUGGCAUUCCAUUGGACAAGCAGUCAACGUACAUUCUCAACUCCCCUUAAGACAGCCAGGGAUUUUACAGAUGAGAAUCUGCUUAGAAAACUGAAUUUGCUAGCCGAGAGCUGGGAAUUGAACGUAGGUGUGUCUUAACUCCAAUACCAAACUUAACACAGUUGGCUGGCCCCAACUACUGUACUUUCUGCCUGGACACAGCUUUUUUUUUGUUGGCCUCCCAACUGCCACUGCUGCACCCUUCCAAUGUGUUCUUAUCACCUGCAGUACGCUUUUUUAAAAAACUGGAUUUUGACCCUUAGUGUCAAAAGUCUUUGAUAAGUUGUCAAAUAAAUGGAUAUAUCCACACUGUUGAGUACUCUUCGGCAAUAAAAAGGAGUAAUACUGAUAAAAAGCAACAAGGGGUGAGGAUGAAUCUCAAACAUGCUGAGCAAAAGAAGCUAGACAAAAGAGCACAUACUACAUGGUUAUGUUGAUGUGAAUCUGGUGCCAGCAGAUUAAAAGCGACUUGAGACUAGUGAUGGGGGGAGGAUGCUUAAGAGGUGUUUACGUAAGUAUAAACAUUUGUCAAACUCCAAGCACACUUGAGAGGAGAUGAAUUUAAAAACACCUUGAAGGUGCCUUUGAGAGCUGCCACCUAUUAGCUUCUGACAGGUACCUAUUGCCUGUUUUCACCCUCUUGCCUGUCGCCUAGCCUUCACCUGCAGGGAAGUGACAUCUUUUGCCUGGAAUAUUUCUUUUGCCUGGCUGGCUCUCCUGCCUUUGGGUCUUAGCCUAAGUUUUACUAAUAGGUUUUCUCUAUCCCAUUGGUUUCCUUCAAAGCACCGAUAAGCUUGAAUUUCUCUCGGCGUAUUUGCUCAUCGUCCAUCUUGUUUAGUAGAAGUAAGGUGCUUUUUUUAACACAGGGACUUUGUCUUCACCUAGGGCCUGACACAAUAAAUAGUGAUUGAAUGAACUGAUGAGAAGUGACUACCAAAUUAGUGACUCUUAUUAAGUGCUCUAUGAACGUCAUUCAAAUAGAAAAGUCUCAUUUAAGAUUCAUCUGUAUGGUAAAUUGAUAGGUUUGAAGGAAUGAAUGAUGGGGAAAAGGAAGUUGUGGUAAGUUCUUAAGGCUUUUGUGUGCACCUGGAUCAUGAAAAAGAUGGAGUAACUUGUGGACUCAGUGGUUUCAGAAAUGUAUAAUCACCCAGAAGAAAAUAAUGGUGUGAUUUUUUUUUUUUGCAAGGGGCAAUGGUUGUUUUCUUUUCUCCUUGGCCAUGCAUUUGAAAAUUCUGAUGUUUUAAGUAUGCUUGUACUUGUACAGAAUGUAUGCAUACCACUUUGUUCUUUGUUUGUAAAUUAACUGUUAUGAACUGUACUUUUUUUAUAAUAAACCAAACCAACUUUCUUAAGGC